AUGAUGAAAAUGCGAGUGUUGGUGUUCAGCUUCCUGCUGCCGCACCUGAUUCAAAGUGCACGCGACCCGCCAAUGGUCACAAUUCCCGAUCAGGGCCAACUCAUGGGAACUUUUAUGAAAAUGUUUCGAAUACAGUCUGUGAUAGCUUACCUCGGCAUCCCGUAUGCGCAUCCGCCCGUUGCGGAACGUCGUUUUGCGCCCCCAUCGUCGACAAUCUCCCGAGCUGGGACGGCGUCCGAAAUGCCUCCACCAUGCCGCCCGAUUGCUGGCAAAGCCACGGACGAGGAGGAAGAGCCGCAUGUCUACGACGAGGAUUGCCUUUAUCUGAAUGUCUUCGUGCCAGAUGCUCCUCCUCCGCCAGGUGGUUUUGCCGUAAUUGUCUGGUUACACUCGGGCGACUUUUCGCACGGAAGUCCUUUUGAGCUCAACCCAUUCCAGUUGGUGUUCAAGCAAAAAGUGAUUGUUGUCACCGUUGCUUAUCGCUUGAACAUUUUCGGCUUCCUAACGACGAUGGAUGGUGAGGCACCCGGCAAUUUCGGCUUAAUGGACCAAUCGGCGGCUCUUCUCUGGAUAAAUCACAACAUAAAAGUCUUCAAAGGGAACGAAUCGAUGAUCACGUUAAUGGGACACGGAGCUGGGGGCGUAAGUGCCGCUCUUCACUUGACAUCUGGCGACUGGUCUGAAGGAAUGUUCACGCGAGCAGUCAUCAUGUCACCUGUUGGCUUCCUGGAUACGGCAGUGAAAGACAUUUCGGCUUACGCUCCAUCGCUGGAUGAGACCGCGAAGGCUUUCGGAUGCGAUCGACGCCCAACUUCGAUGUUUAUGGUGUGCAUGCGUCGCAUAUCUCCGCAAAUUCUGAUCGAUACGGGUCCCGAACAAGAAUGGGGUCCAGUAGUUGACAUUGGAAUGAGUAACAACACGCUUUCGUAUGUGCCGGAUUUCCCGCGAAACAUGAUCGAAAAGGGUCUGAUGAGGAAAGUUCCUGUCAUGAUUGGCUACACCGACACGGAAGACGGCUUAGAUAUCGCUGGAGACCCAAAAAUCGGCAUCACACACGAAUCCUACGAAAAUAUCAUCAACGAAGAAAUUCUCUCGGAUUUGUCGCAAAUCGAGACAAAUGACACAAGUUGCGAUGGAAAUGCCGCCAUGGCACUCGAAGCUGUCCAUUUUCUCUACAAACCAUUUCCACCGGUUACGGAUCUCAUGGAGCUCCGAAGACGUCUUGUGGAUUUUUCAACGGAACGAUAUUUCGUGGCACCCAUUAUGACAUUUGCGAAUCUCGUGAGUAAACAUGUCGACGUUUACGUUUAUCGAUUUGACAUGAAACCACGCACGGCAGCUGCUAACAAAGGAAUUCCCUCGUGGAUGGGAGUUCCGCACAAAUAUGACUUGAUUUACAUCUGGGGCCUGCCAUAUUGGGUUCGACUGCCGGAAAAUCAGGUGUGGGAGAGCACCGACAAACGCAUUUCCGACAUCAUUAUGACCAUGUGGGCGAAUUUUGCGAAAUACGCGAAUCCAACGGAAACUGGCAUCUACAUCAAGUGGGAUAAUUUUACGCAGGAAACACCGGGCGUCCUCAUUAUAGAUAGAAAUUUCAACAUGAGUGACCAUAAUACGCUCAACUACAGGGGCGUGCAGUUCUGGACGGAUUAUUAUCCGAAAGUGCUGCAUUUUGCGGCGACAUGCUGCAACGGCACCUUCCUGGAGGGCGGACAAGCAGAGAAUACGGUGUCGCAUGCGAGCUUGGUGAUAGUGAUAUGUGCGACACUGUUCCAACUGCUUUUUAGGAUAACAUAG